AUGAAUAUCCAUAAAUCAAAUGUAAUUUGUACAAAAAUGGCGGGAGAAGGUGAUAAUACUGAUAUGGAGAACACCGAAGAAAAUGCUGACGACACACCAAAUCAAGACCCUGAUUCUUUAGCUCAAGAAUCCAAUUCAAAUGAACGAGCGGUCAAACUCCCGAUGUCUAGAGUCAAGGCGAUAAUGAAGAGUGAUCCCGACGUUUCUCUGGCCAGUUCGGAAGCUGUGGUGGCGUUGGCUAAAGCUACCGAAAUGUUUAUACAAAUGUUGUCCAAGGAUGCCAUCACCAGUACCAUGCAGAGUAAAAGGAAAACGCUACAGCGCAAAGAUUUAGACACUGUGAUAGAUACCAGGGAUUCCUAUUCGUUUUUGGAAGGAACGUUGGACGGUCCUUGAGAAAUAUUGACAUAAUAUGAACACUCACGUACCCAAACAAGAACAUUUGUUGACAAACUAGUCCGUGUGUUUGGUAUUCGUGUGCUGUUCGCAGUUGUAUACGACUUCCAAACAGAUAUGUUAGACAGGAACGUGUCCGACAAACCUUCAGACUCGCGUAAAUAUGUGCAUGAUGAAGACCAGAACACAACCACGAUAGCGACACGUUAUAGGAUAACCAUGUCGCAUGUAAAUUGGAUGUUUCAGUUUACAGGUGUAAGUUGUGUACAAUACAUUAGUUGAUUGAAUGUUCAUGGGUGUUAAAUAAUGCUAUAAUUUGCAUUGAAAUGACCUCGUACUGAGACUAUGACCACAUUCAAUUACAGAGGAAAUUUGGUGUUCCAAGUUAUAAUGAAAGAGAACAAUGAUCAAUUAAAAUACUUAUAAUGUUCAGUA